GCCGCUUACGCAGACAAAAGUCAAAGUCAUCUCCCUCAUUUUGAGUAUCAAAUCAAUGUAUUCGCACACACAUUUAUGCAGAGCUAACAUUACUAAGAAUGAUUACCAGAAAUCCCUCCAUUUCUUCGCUCUUCACUGCCUUAUGGACUUUCUUCUUCUUAUUCAUUUUCCUGCAACUUAGAUCUCUAGCUCAAAACGCCACCACCGACCUUUCCGAAGUGAGUGCCCUGAACUCAAUAUUCCAACAAUGGGAUGCACAAGCAACACCCCUAUGGAACAUAAGUGGAGAGCCAUGUAGUGGAUCUGCCAUAGAUGAGACAGAGUUUGAAAGCAGUGGUAAUAACCCAGCAAUUAAAUGUGAUUGUUCGUUCAACAAUAACAAGACUUGCCACAUUAUUCAACUGAGACUGCACAAUUUGGGCAAACGAGGCAUGAUUCCUAGAGAAAUUACAGCUUUAAAAUAUCUAGCUGUUUUCAAGAUCGAUGAGAACUACUUCACUGGUCCUUUGCCUGCCUUUAUUGGAAAUUUAUCUGCACUAUUGAUCUUGUCGAUCUCUCAUAAUUCAUUUUAUGGAACUCUUCCUAAGGAGCUUGGGAACCUCAAGGAUCUUUUUAUGCUUUCAAUCGGUUCAAAUAACUUUUCUGGUACUCUUCCUCCAGAGCUAGGCAAUUUGAUCAAUCUUGAGCAAAUUUAUCUAGACAGUUCAGGUGUUAGCGGUGAAAUCCCUUCUACAUUUGCUAAUCUUCGAAAUGUGGUAGUCAUGUGGGCCACAGACAGUCCUUUCUCAGGAAAAAUACCUGACUUUAUCGGAAAUUGGACGAAGCUAACCUCUUUGAGAUUUCAAGGGAGCUCUAUUGUAGGUCCUAUACCAUCCAGUUUUUCUCAGUUGACCUUGUUGGAAUCCCUGAGAAUCAGUGAUAUAUACAAUGGGAGCUCAUCUCUUGAUUUCAUAAUAAAUUUGAAGAAUUUAACUGAGUUAAUUCUCAGAAAUGCGUUGUUUGCUGGUACAAUUCCAUCUGAUAUUGGAAAACUUGAGCAUCUAAAACAACUGGAUUUGAGUUUCAAUAAUUUAACAGGCGAGAUCCCAAGUUUGCUGUUCAAUAUGAAUAAUCUCACACACUUAUUUCUUGGAAACAAUAGUUUGUCUGGAGCCCUUCCUCUCCAAUGGAGCGACACACUUAUGUAUAUAGACUUGUCUUACAAUUACUUGUCAGGACGUUUGCCUCCCUGGGUUACCUCAAUAUCACAACUGAACUUAGUGGCCAAUAACUUUACAUUUGACAGCUCAAACAGAUCAGUUAUUCCUGGAUUAGAAUGUCUGCAGAGGAACUUUCCAUGCAAUCGAGAUUCUCCACUUUAUGCUGACUUCUCAAUCAAGUGUGGUGGACCUAAGGUGAUUGGAAGAACUGGCAUAGUGUAUGAACCUGAGGACUUAGUUCUUGGUCCUGCAAAGUUUUACGUAAUCAAUGAGAGAUGGGCAGUUAGCAAGGUGGGCUUGUUUGCUGACAAAACAGGUAAGAUGGAUCUCGAAGGUACCCAGGCACAAGUCACAGGCACAGAUGAGAAUCCGGAUCUUUUCCAUACUGCAAGGAUGUCCCCAGGAUCUCUAAGAUACUACGGUCUUGGUCUUGAGAAUGGGCCAUACACUGUAACUCUGCACUUUGCAGAAAUUGGUUUUCCAAAUCGAAACUCACAGACAUGGGCAGGUCUAGCUAGGCGCGUGUUUGACAUAUAUAUUCAGGGUAAUCUCAAACUAAAGGACUUUGACAUAGCAAAGGAGGCAGGUGGGGUUGAGAGAGCAAUUACAAAGACAUACAACAUUAAUGUGUCUGAGAACUAUCUUGAAAUUCAUUUGUUCUGGGCUGGUAAAGGGACCUGCUGUAUACCUAAAGAAGGUUACUAUGGUCCAUUGGUAGCGGCAGUCCAUGCUGCUUCAGAUUUUACAAGUAUUGCUGGGGGUCGACAAUCUACUCAAGGAAAGAACAGAACAGGCUUAGUUGCUGGUAUUGCGGUUUCAGCAGCAGUUGUGGUCCUUGUAUUGGUAUUUUCAAUACUAUAUAUGAAGAGAAAAUCACGUGAUGAUGAUGAUGAAGAACUUCUUGGAACAGGCCCUCGUCCAGUUACUUACAGUUAUGCUGAAUUAAGAGCGGCCACAGAUAAUUUCAGUCCGUGCAAUAAGCUAGGAGAGGGAGGAUUUGGUGAAGUUCACAAGGGCACACUUUCAGAUGGAACAGUGGUAGCUGUUAAACAAAUUGCUGUAGCAUCUACCUACGUAAAGCGUCAGUUUGUAUCUGAAAUUGCCACAAUAUCUGUUGUGCAACAUCGCAAUCUUGUGAAGUUGAAUGGAUGCUGUAUUGAAGGAAAUAGGCGCAUCUUGGUUUAUGAAUAUCUUGAAAACAAAAGCCUUGAUCAGUUACUAUUUGCCAACCUUGCAGGAAAAGUUAAUUUGCAUCUGGACUGGCCUACCCGCAUCAAUAUAUGCUUGGGCACAGCUAGAGGACUUGCUUAUCUUCACGAAGAAUCCAUGCCAAGGAUUAUACAUCGAGAUGUCAAAGCUAGUAAUAUUUUACUUGACGAUACAUUUUGUCCUAAAAUAUCAGAUUUUGGUUUAGCAAAGCUCUAUGAUGAAAAUAAAACCCAUAUCAGCACCCGAGUUGCAGGGACAAUAGGCUAUCUGGCUCCAGAGUAUGCCUUGCGUGGGCGCCUAACGGAAAAGGCUGAUGUUUUUGGUUUUGGUGUUGUUGUAUUGGAGCUUGUUAGUGGGAAACCAAACAUCUACAAUACUCCAGAUGGUGAAAUCAUAUAUCUCCUUGAAACGGCAUGGACGUUACACGAAAAUAACCAAAGUUUAGGAUUGCUAGAUCCAAGAUUAGUGGAAUUUAAUGAAAACGAAGUAAUCAAAUUAGUACAAGUGGCGCUUCUGUGCACUCAGGCAUCAGCAACAUUGCGGCCGUCAAUGUCACGUGUUGUAGGCAUGCUUGCCGGAGAUGUUGAGAUUGACACUAAUAUUUCAAAGCCAAGUUAUUUAACAGAAUUGGGUUAUAAAAACAUGAGAAAUUUGAAUCAAGGCGAUGUUAUGAUUCCCCCGGGCCCUAUAAAUGAUCCCAUGUUCCCUUCUCCUUAUAGCCUAGCUGCUCCAAUAAGUGAUGUUAUUACUGAAGGAAGAUAAAAACUUCCUUGCUCAUGCUGUAAUGUCAUCCAUAUUAGGUACAGGAACAACCUUUCCCUGAACACGGAACUCCUACAUCAGCACGACCUUUCGUUUUUGUUUUCGGUGCUGCUCUUGUUUCUUCAAAUUCAUGGCAAUGUGAAUAGCAUAUGAGAUACCAAAUAGAGUAUAGGGUAGUCAACAUUGUUAGGAAAGUUGGAUUGUGAAAAACAUAGAAGAAAAAACGUUUUGAUUCAGAAACUUCUUGUGGCAACAUAAGACAUUUAUUAUAGUUUUGGAAUGUUGAAUUGAUUAAAGUGAUAUUGCAAAGAUGUAACUCAAGAAUUCUUUGAAUAACUUUUUACUAAUUUAUACUU